AUGGAUACAUUCAGUUGUUUCAAUACAAUACUUCUUAAUUCAGCCAAAAAAUGUUCGAAGUGUCCAAAUGCUGAAAAUAAAGAUGUUGCAUUAAUUUAUGAUGCUAAUUAUUAUUUAUUAUUAACAUCAAUCCUUCAACGUGGUGGAUUAAGUGAUAUUCCAUUUGGUCAUACAUAUCAAGAAUUAUUAAAAAAAUUCUCCUCACAAAAUUUACUUUGUUUCAUUCUGUAUUUGGAUGGUAUAGGUUUAUGUAAAUCGAUCAAAUUAAAAAUGUGGUUGUUAAGUACUUCUAUUAUUGAACUACCACCAGGAUUACGUUAUCAUCGACAUAAUAUGCCAAUUGUAUCAAUAUGGAUUGGACACAAUGAUCCAAAUGUUCGCAUGUGGUUGGGUAAUAGAUUCAGAAUGCUUUUAAAUUUGAAAAAGCAGCAAGUUUAUGUAAAUCCAUCAACAUCCUUUAAUAUAAAAUAUUAUGGUGUAAUUGGUGAUUGUCCAGCAUUAAAAUUAAUUUUGGAUUUUAUUGGACAUACUGGUUAUUACUGUUGUUUCUUUUGUUUUACACAAGGUUAUAAUAUCCCUGGACGUAACAAACGACAGUAUCCGUAUGAAAAACCAUUGAAUCUUCGUGAUUCAAAAACGUUUACAUCAAAUUCCAAA